UAAAAAAGUAGAUGAGUGAGAUGUGUUUGCAUUCCUCUUUACCGACGCACAGACUAUAUAAUAUAUAAUACAGUUCAGUUUGAUUGAUUUGGGAAAAUAAUAAGGAAAUACUGUGGACACCUAGUUUGCGAAAGGCAUUCCAAUUUCCAAUUCGAAAGCGAUAAGAAAUGGGAGAGUAGUUGAAGUGUUGUUGUUGAUAUUAUUACAAUGGGAAGUGUGAUUAGUCACGCUGCCAAUGGUGUUGGAGGUCUUUUAGGGAGCGCCAUUACUGCCCCCUUUAAGACCGUUUUCGGUCAUUCAUGCGAGGACAUCUGUUCUGGACCAUGGGAUGUGGUUUGUUUCAUUGAGCAUUUAUGUGUCUCAAAUCUGUUGAGACUUUUAUUGAUUUUGAUUCUAUGCUACAUCACUUUAUUGUUCUUCUACCUAUUAUUCAAGAUUGGGAUUUGCCAAUGCAUAGUAAAAAGUCUUUGUAAGAUGUGUUGGGCUGCUUGUGAGGCAUAUUGGUUUGCCCUCGAAGAUAUAACCUGUUUUUUGUGGCACAAGCUAAUCAACACCAAGAGAGUAAACCGUCGCCGCCGCAGGCGCAGACGGUUGCAGCGCCGUCGUUUUCAUGACAUAGAACAAGGAUACAGUACAAGUGAUGAUGAGACUGACUCCUCUUCUGGAUACAGUAAUCACCAUUUGGACAAUGACCUUAUUAAGAAGAACAACUACUCUGCUAAAAGGGCAAGAAGAGAGCUAUUUGAGAACAACUCCUUUAGUAGUUCAAGUAGACACCGCCAGCGCCACCACCGUGUUAAUUUGAAGAGUAGAGAAGUUUCUUUGCAUGUGUUUAAGGAAAGGUCUCGUAGAUUAGGAAGAGGUUCUAGACAUUUUCAGUCUAGUAAAGUGAAAAAUGUGGGAAGAAAAGCCAAAGUUUUCAAGAAGAGACGACUUAGGUAGGUGAGUGUGAAUGAAAUUAGUAGUACUUAUCAUGCAUGAAUAAUUAAGUUAAUAGGAGUACUUAAAUGUAGUUUAUUUCUUAAACUGUCAUAUUAGGCUGUGAUGUACCAUAAAGGAACUAUCUUCUUAUUAAGUAAUUUUCUUUAUUACAUGGUUUCUGU